CUAGUUUCAAAAUCCAUUGAUUUUCAUGUAAAAGGUUUCGAUUCUCCAAUGGAACGUUAUGAAGAUCAUUGCGUCUCAUCUCUCUCUCUCUCUCGCUCCCGAUUGCUUGCUUACUUGCAGUAAUUAGGGUUUGAGAACUGAAAAUUUGGAUUCUGGAUAGAAAUCGAGUAAUUAACAGUUCAGUUGUUCUUUCUUGUCGUCUAAUUAGGGUUUGACGUAAUAGUCUAGAAGGAUAAUUCACUGUUUCUUGUUCUAGGAUGGGGUCUUCUGUUAGUACAGCAUCAAAUACACUUGGUACAUUUCUUGGCAAUGCAUUUACUGCUCCAAUUAAAGCUGCAUUUGGCAGAUCUUGCGAGGGAAUCUGUUCUGGAACUUGGGAUAUAGCUUGUUUUAUAGAGAAUCUCUGUUUAUCCAAUCUGGUGAAAAUGGUGAUGGUUUUUGCCCUAUCUUUUAUAUGUUUUGUGAUCUUCUACUUAAUAAUGAAAGUGGGUAUUUGUCAAUGCAUAACAAAAGGCCUUUGCAAGAUGUAUUGGGCUGCAUGCCAGACUUGUUGGUUUGUUUAUGAAGGCAUGGCUUGUUUUUUGUGGAACAAGUUAACAAGUGUCAAACGCGUAAGAAGGAGACGUCGCAAUAGGCAUUUUCGAGACAUAGAGAUGGGGGAUUCUUCAAGAUCAGAUGAAUUUGAUCAUUCUUCGGAUUAUGUUGAUGAUCAAAGUAUUGUGAUUAGUAGAGGCAGAAAGAGGAAGGAAAUGCAUAAAAGAUCCAUGAACUUAAGGCCAGAUAGAGUGAAUAGAAGAAGAAGAAACACGAAUUAUUCUCGAAGGAAAGCGACGACACCAUUGAAGAAGAGGCGAAAAUUGUAAUCACGAUUUUCAC